CCCAAUAAACAACACCAACAGCGGGGUUUUAUGUUUUGUUUUUGGUAUUUUGAUUUUGUUGAUAUGUUAAUGUUGAUUUUUCGGAGAUUUCAAUUAUAAACAAAUUAAAGUAUUUCCACCCUAAACAUGUCGGAUAGAAGAAGGCGCUACAGAAAGCCCAAGGAUGACAAACGUGCAAUGGGUUUGAGUUCUCAGUUUAAAGAGUUGGAAGUGCAACCUAAGAUAUUGUUGAAAACCAAAACCGAAACUCCAGCAAGCGCUGAAGUAGCCUCUUCUUCAUCUUAUGCUAAUGCCGAACAACAUGUUUCUGUGCAGGUGCCACAGAAAACGAUCAUUUUCCAAAAGGCCAAUAUCAGUCCCGCUUCCAGCCCCAAUACCACACGUGAAACGUCAGCAGGUUCCAAUGAAAUUACUAUACCACCUAAUAUAGUGGAACCCGUAUAUCAGAUGACACGACCAGCAACAGUGAUUUCAUCUACCGGCUCCAUAAAUGGUGGUGCUAAAAAGCUGCUUAUGAAAUCCAAUACCGACUUUCUAGUUAUAGGUGUAGUGGGUACUCAGGGAGUGGGUAAAUCUACGAUUUUAAAUUUGCUAGCCAAUGAGCAAAUAGAUUAUAAUUAUUAUGAAAAAGUGUUUGUAGAAGAGGAUUCCAUAUUUCCCACCAAAUUAAAGCUGAAUAAAUGUUCGGCCCGUUCACGCACCGAGUCUACUCAUAUGUUUAUUACCUCCGAUCGCAUGAUUCUGUUGGAUACUCCUCCCGUGCUAUCGAAUGCUUAUAAGAAAGAUAUGACCAAUAAUGAAUUGGAGGAUUUGGGCAGUAUUAUUUGCUUAAUGUCAGUUUGCCAUUUAUUGCUGGUGGUGCAGGAUGAUUAUUUUAAUUUAAGCUUUUUAAAUUUACUACGCUUUGGCGAACUUAUGAAACCCUCACAGGAUGUUAAGCCUUUUCUACACGAUUACUUUCCCAAUAUUCUGUUUGUGAAGAAUAAAGCUAAACGUUUGGAUUUUACUCCUGCCUCCCAGGCCAUACAGGAACAAAUGUACAAGGCCUUCUUUAAGGAUUCUCAACUGCGCAUUUAUAAGGGACAAAUCACUGAGCAUCAUAUAAUGCAACAGCAAUUGCUACAAAUGCAAAAUCGUAAAAAGAAUCGUAUUAGCGAAGUGGAAACAAAAAUUAAUAGUUUCCUUAUGCCGGAGGUAAAAAAUCCUUCAGCCACUACGUAUCACGAUUCUUUGGAGAAGGUUAUAAAACAAUUUCGCAGUUUAGUGUUUAUGACACCGCGCAAUCCCAUGUACUCGGGAGCCACUGAAUUAACUGAAGAAAUGUGGUUUGAUUGGUUGACCAAAGUGUCCCAGGAUAAUCAUAACUUUUUCUUUAACACUUAUGAGGAUAUACAACGUAAACAUUUGGAUGUGGGUGUCACUUGUGAAAAGUCCACUGGUUCAGGCUUGAAUGCUGGCUCAAGUAGUUCUAAGGAUAUUGUAGAAAAUUGGAGAGAAUAAAGGGAAAAUUUCGUAAAACAAAAAA